AUGCCGAAGAAAGCAGUGACGACCGGCACGCAGAUCAUGCGCCGGGCCAAGAUCGCGCAGCUGCAAGGAUCCAUCGACGAACUCGUCAAAGAGGCCGAACUCCUUUCAUCGAAGGAAGGAGGUCAAGGGGCCGACGAGUUGUCGCCAGAACACGUGGACUCGGAUCCAAAAAAGCUAAGUACACUUGUGGAUUGUAUUGUUGAAGAUUUGUACGCAUAUGAUGAGGCGUGUGAUGCAUUGGCCAGUGUUUUGGACUCGGAGACUCUGGAGGGUUCAGAUGAGGCUCUGCAAACGGAGAUCUGCGAUGUGGUUGCGUAUUCGUCUCUGCCACUUGCAGAACCGCUCUCGAGCAGCGCAGAGCCCAUGGUCGUAGACGUCUUGAUUGGUCUCGAUCACUACUAUGAUAUUAUCGGCAAGGACCGCACCGAACUAAGCGGUGGUCUGGUCCUGCUCGACUCCGUUCUUGGUUUUAUCUGUACCGGCAGUCUGCCUGUGCCUGCCACCACAGGGGCGCAGUCAUGUCUUGCUCAUCAAACAGACACGGACCCUGAAUUCGACCUCCGUAAGUUCUGGUCGACAGAGACCUUGGUUACUUUUGACGAUACGUCGUCGCAAGAUCUUGUGGGCGAGCGCUUCGCCAACUCCAUCUCCUUUGCCGAGGGUCGGUACGCGGUGAGUUGGCCCUGGAGGGACUCACAUCCUCCUCUUCCGACAAACUAUGGUCUGGCUGUCGGUCGCCUGAAGGCACAAGUGCGUCGCCUCGAAGCCCUUCCGGAACUUCUUGACCGGUACGAUAACGUGAUUCAAGACCAGCUUGACAGGGGCAUGAUAGAAGAUGUUCCUCGUGGUUUUACAACCAACCAGAUUCACUACCUUCCACACCAUUCAGUACUCAAACCUACUGCUACUACCACGAAGCUGAGGGUGGUGUAUGAUGCGUCCGCAAAAUGUUCCGAAAAACUCGCCAGUCUCAACGACUGCUUGCACGCUGGUCCCAAUCUUGUUCCAGACCUUUGCGGUAUUCUUCUUCGUUUUCGUCUUUCUCCGGUAGCCAUAAGUGGAGACGUAGAAAAGGCCUUUCUGCAGAUUGGUCUGCACUCACAUGAUCGUGACGUGACCCGCUUCCUAUGGCUGCACGAUGCAUCCAGCUCAGCUACUCCAGACAACAUACGACAACUUCGUUUCUGUCGUGUUCCGUUUGGCGUUGUCAGCAGUCCAUAUCUCUUGGCUGCCACUAUUCAGCAUCAUCUUAGCGCUGCUGAUACAACAGAUUCCGACCUAGUGUCUCGCAAUAUUUACGUUGACAACCUGUUCCUUGGUGCCAACUCUGGGACGGAGGCGAUUGCUAUCUAUGAUGCCACGAAGCGCCUCUUCAGUGUCGCGUCUAUGAAUGUUCGCGAGUGGUCUAGUAAUUCUGCAGAGUUUCUUAGCAGCAUUCCAGAACCAGACCGAGCCAAGGGUACUAUCCACAAGUGCCUCGGUAUGCUGUGGGAUACAGAACAUGAUACUCCACAUAUUGCACCUGUCAGUGCCGUAUCCAAGUCGGUCACAACAAAGCGGAGUAUCCUUCGACAUACUGCCCAAUUCUUUGACCCCCUUGGUCUCCAGUCUCCUGUUCUUGUUGGUGCGAAGAUUCUGCUUCAGGAUCUUUGGAAGCUGACCGUCGGCUGGGACGACGACCUUCCACAAGACAUCAUUUGUAGAUGGUGUGAUAUUGCGGCUCAACUUGAACUUGCUGCAUCAACGAAAUGUCCACGAUUCAUCAGUGCACCACGUGCCAGCGACGCUCAGUUUUCUCUCCACGUCUUCAGCGACGCAUCUGGGCUGGUGUACGGUGCCGUUGCUUACCGUACUACUACGUUUGACGAUCAACACACGUCGAACCUUCUAAUCAGCAAGUCCCGUGUUGCACCUGUUGCUUCACCUACCAUUCCACGUCUGGAAUUAAUGGCCGCGCUUCUCGGUGUUCGUCUGAUCCAAUUCGUCCGUCGGGAACUUCCGCUCACUUUCUCCUCUACCUAUCUAUGGUCAGACUCCACCACAGUUCUCCAUUGGCUGGCCUCUUCUGACAAACUACCUGUCUUCGUCAACAACCGUAUUGAUGCCAUUCGUGCGGUUCCCGAUGUUGCCUUUCGCUAUGUCCGCUCUGCCGACAGUCCCGCCGACUUGCCUUCACGCGGUGUCUCUGUUCCUUCCAUUCAAGCCAGCUCGCUAUGGUGGCACGGUCCACACUUCCUUGCCACUGCUGACCAUCACGCCGAGCCAGCACUUGAUCACCAUGUCAACGUUGCCGCUGGGGAGGGUCCUUCAAGCACUUCGGAGAUACCUGCACCUGUAUCACACCCAACAGAGUUGAGACCACAAGGCGUCAAGUCUUUCGGGGUGGAUUCUAGUUGUAACUCAGAGGUCAAGGUAGCCAAAAUCAUGUGGCUACACCAUGCACAACAGAAUCUGUCAGACGUCAGUGCUGUCGAAAAUUGUAAGAAGCACAGCCCGAAGGACAAGCUGCGGCUCUUCAUCGAUGAGAACCGCCUCAUCAGAUGCAGAGGACGCUUGGAGAACGCCGAACUUUGCUAUCAAGCAAAGUAUCCAGUACUGAUUCCCCAAACGCAUCCCAUCACCCAGCUCAUCAUCAACGAUUGUCACCUGAUGACGAUGCAUGGCGGCGUUGCACACACGCUAUCAAGACUGCGUUAUGAGUACUGGUUACCACGAGGGCGUGCAACAGUGAAGUCAUUCAUCACUAAGUGCCUGACUUGCCGGAAGCACCACGGUGGUCCAUACCGCACCCCAGAUAUGGCCCCGCUUCCAUCUGCCCGCGCAACAAGAUCUAUCCCGUUCACCCAUGUGGGACUAGAUUACUUCGGUCCUCUGCUCGUCAAGCACCAGCCAAGUACCAAGAAGGUAUGGGUCCUCCUAGUGACAUGUAUGGCAACUAGAGCUGUCCAUCUAGAACUGGUGGCAGACAUGACCACAGAGGAAUUCCUGCUAGCGUUCCGCAGGUUCGUGUCGUUGCGUGGUUGCCCUGAAGAGGUAGUGUCUGACAACGCGCCACAAUUCAUCCUAGCUAAGUCUGUUCUGGAUGUGGCCUUUGAAGAAAUGGCAACGAGUGAUGAUGUCCUGUCGUACAUGUCGAGGGCUGGUGUGAAGUGGCACUAUAACCCACCGAUCUUACCUUGGAUGGGUGGUUUCUACGAGCGUCUCGUUGGAACAGUCAAACGAAGCCUGAAGAAGGUCGUUGGCCGCGCGCUCCUCACUGUGUCGCAACUGACUACCAUUCUCAUGGAAGUGUCAGCAGUCGUCAACUCGCGUCCACUGGUGUACGUGGACAAUGACUUGCAGGAGAUACUCACCCCAAGUCAUUUUCUGUGCCUGUCCGCAACUACUGGUGGCGUGCAACCCACUGCUGAUGACGGCGAUCCGGACCACAUCGAAGUUCCGACUGCAGCUCAGAAUCUUCUCUCUGUCUGGAAGAAGGGUCAACGAACAUUGGACCAGUUCUGGCGUGUCUGGCGAGACGACUACUUGGCUGAUCUCCGCAACAGUCACACUCGGAAGCUCCGACAGGCACGCGUUACCGCUUCAGAACAGCCAGCCGUUGACGAUGUUGUACUAAUAAGGGAUGACAUGCCCCGUGGCUCAUGGCGACUUGCUCGCAUUGUCGCUCUCCAUACAAGCAAGGACAUGGAGAUACGUUCCGCAACCGUCAUCACUGCAGAGAAGACAGAGCUCAAACGACCCCUGUCUCUCCUGUACCCUAUCUGUCCUGCUGCUAACUCCGAGGCUAAUAACAACAGCACCGCUCUGGACACACACACCACUGGCCAAGCCGAUCUGCCAGUUCCAGCAGCUGUUGCUCCACCCAGUCGUCCACAACGUGCUGCCGCUAAGAAGCAACGUCAGACGCUUCGCCAAUUAAUUGGCAGCGAACUUGUUUAG